AUGGUUUCAGUACUCGCUUCCACAAAUCUCCAGUACGGCGCAAUUGGGUUUGUCCUAUUUGUUCUUUUCGCCUAUGUGCUUAACAAAUUGACAACCUGGGAAUACUCAAUCCCAAAUGAAGUGCAAUGGAUUGAUCGUCGCAAACAGCCUUUAUCCUAUCUUCGCGCAAAAAUUCGGUCCCUAGGGAGAAACAAAGAAAAUGUACUUGAAGCGUAUUUUAAGUUCAAUAAACUUGGUAAAGCUGCAGCAUUGGCGGUUCCUUUCGGACGUCCCUUGUUGCUUCUGCCACCCAAAUUCAUCCGCUGGAUUGUCGACCAACCUGAAUCCACCAUCAGUUUGGAUCCGAUACACGACGAAUUUCAUGUCUUUGUCGGAGGCGAUCUUACCGGUGAUCACACCGUGCAGGAGCUAUUACGACGAGAGCUAACUCUCAACCUGGAAAUCUUAACCCCUGUGAUCAACGAAGAAAUUGUUUGCGCUUUAGAUGAUGUACUGGGAACCUCGCCUGAAUGGAAAACCACUUCUCUUGCGGAUGAUUUGAAGACAAUCAUUGCGCGGACGUCCAACAGAGUAUUUGUGGGCAAAGAGUUAUGUCGAAAUGAAGACUACAUACGCACUGCCAAGGGGUUAUCAAUGGUGAUUAUGCCAGAAACUGUGAUUCAGGAUCUCAUACCGAAAGUUUUGAAAGGACCGCUUUCAAGGGUAACCAAAGCGUUCAACGACAUCUAUGGGAUGAAAAGAUUCUCAUCACACCUGCGUCGAGUAAUAAGGCAGCGAUAUAUUGAUGUGCAGAACGUGUUCGAGGGUGCUGGCGAAAAAACAGAACUGCCUGAUGACUUGCUAACAUGGAUGGUGCAAAAGUCGAUUCGUCGAGGAGAAUCUUCAGCAAACAUCGACAAAUUAUUAGUUGCACGUGUUGCGAUGCUUAAUCUGGCCGCCAUCGAAACUUCUACUGCUGCAAUGACUAGGAGCAUCUUGGACCUAGUCACCAUGGGCGGUGAGGGAGGUUUCCUAAAAGCUGUCCAGGAAGAGGUAUCGGCCAUGUUGGAAGGAUGCAACUAUCAACCCAGCAAGAGCGAUGUCCUAAAACUGACUCUCACUGAAAACGCCAUUAAGGAGUCUCUCCGCCUCCAAGUCGCCUUUCCAGGUCUCAUGCGCCAAGUGGUCUUCCCAAAAGGUGUUACACUAGAAAACGGCAUGCAUGUGCCUUGCGGUACUCGACUGGGCGUAUCGGCAGCUGGCAUUCAUGUUGACAACUCAAUCUAUGAAGACGCCACGACUUACAAUCCGGGCAGAUUCAUGGUCAUAGAACUGGAUCCUCGAGGUAAACCCAAUCCAAUGUGGAAAGGGAAUGAGAAAUACCUAGCUUUUGGCCUCGGCAGGCGCUCGUGUCCCGGCAGAUGGUAUGUGACCGAUCAGCUGAAACUCACCCUUGCCCAUCUCUUCUCCAAGUAUGAGAUCAAAUUUGAGAAGGCUGCGGAGAAGACAAGCGCGCUCAGAAAGAUCCUACCUGGUGCCCCUCAAGAUCAUGUCAUGAUCAGACGUAGGUCAAAGGCAGCUUUGUGA